AUAUUGGAGAAUACGGAAUCUGGAUCCACACCUAUAGAACAGAAACAGAAGCUGUUGUAAAAGCUCGACAGGCCUGGUAGCAUCUACGAAGAGAAAAAGAUCAGAGUUGACGCUUCGGGUGACCCUUUCUUAGAACCUUAACCCUAAUUUCUCUUUACAGAUACUGCCAGACCUGCUGAGCUUUUCCAGCGAUUUACAGCGUCCGUAGCUCUUUCUGUUUUUAUCCAUACCUAUGUAGUAUUAGAUAGCGAGGAGCCUGUAUCUAUGUCUAUAGUAUACUGGAGAGUGAGGGAAUCUGUAUCCACAUCAGCAGGAUACUGGGUGAUAAAGCAAUAAAUGCAGUAGUCAGUUGAUGAUGGCCAUCUUUCAUACCCCAAAAGAAGCUUUUAGUGCCUUGCGUCCGAUUUGUGUUAAGAUAACAAAGGAACAAACUGUCAGCAACAUACAGUGCCUUCAGUCUCAGCUGCAGAAAGUCGGAGAUGCUGCAUUACAGGAAUUGCAGGAGUAUGUCUUGUUUCCACUAAGAUUUUCAUUGAGGACACCUGGACUGAAGCAAGAAAGAUUCGUCCAAAGUGUAGUGGAGUGCAUUUAUUUUGUAAUUUCUAGAACGUGUGUGCAGAAUCAGCAACAACUUUGUGACAUCUUCUCUGAACUUUCUCUUUGCUUGUCCUCACCGGGAAACCAUGGAAAGCUGGCCAUUAUCUCAGAGGAGCUUAAAAUGGCCGUUGUCCAAAGUUUCAUUGCCCUGCUUCAUUCAGCAUAUGGUGACAUUGUGCUAUGCCUGUACCAGCCACAUAUGCUUCCUACCCAAGGAUUUAUUAUUUCUCUGCUUUUAGACAUAGCCGAACAUGAAAAAUCAAGACAGCUUCAAAUCCUUGCCCUGAAGUGUUUGCUGGUCUUGACAUUACAGUGUGAUUGCCCAGAUAUGCACUGUUCUUUUGACAACAGUGGUCAUAUGCAAGUUGGAGAUGCAUUUGCAUCAUUUUUGCCAGGAAUCACUUUGGGAAUGUCACGCAUAAUUUCUGGAGAUGUUAAACAGGGUCACUUAGUAACAUCCUAUGCUAUCAAGGUUUGGUAUAAGCUGGUGGGCUUAGUCAUGGCCAAUGACCAAGUAUCCAAAAAUCAUCAUGACAAGAAAAAGCUGUUUGCAGAGGGCAGUAAGCUUGCUGAGCUUGUAAUCUGCAGGAAACCAGAAUGGGUGAAAAACACUGCAAACAAACUAGACAUAUUGUUACGAAAACUCUGCAGUUGUGCAGCUGGCAACCCACAUUGGAAAGUAAGGUUGGAAUUGGUUGAACUAGUCUACCAUUUGCUGUCUUAUUGUAACAAAUCACUGAAACAAUCCAUUGGCUACUUGCUGGAAGUUCUGGUGGGCCUCGUGGGUGAUGAGAGACCAGAGGUACAUACCAGAUGCAGUCAAGUUUUGAGAAAUGUCACUGAGCUGUGUGUGAUAUGCGAGAACAAAGAUUUUACAGAUGUGCUGUCCGAAAACUUGCAUGCGCUCACAACCGCUCUUCCAAGACUUAUGAGAACUCUGGAUGACCAGAGCAAAAUGAAAUCCUUGGGUUUAUUACUUGGCUACUUAAAGUUAUUAGGACCCAAAGUGAAUGUUGUAUUAAAUUCAACUGUUCACCUUGGCCGUCUUUCAAAAGCAUUGAUGCAAAUCCUAGAGCUGGAUGUCACUGAUGUGAGAAUUGUAGAAGAGAGACGUUUGAAUGCUGAAGCCGAUGAUCUACAGCAUCAAAUGUGCUUUUUACCUGGCUGGGAUCACUCAAAAAUGGGAGACAAGCCCUCUAUGCAGAGAAAAUACUUCAAGCAUUUUACAGAAGAAUGUGUAUUUGCACUGCUGCAGCAGACUUGCAGAGUUUUAGGUUACUAUGGCAAUCUCUAUCUGGUUGUGGAUCAUUUCAUGGACCUCUACCAAGAGUCAGUGGUAUACAGGAAACAGGCUGCUUUGGUGAUUAAUGAAAUGUUGUUGGGGGCUGCAGGGUUAGAUGUGGAUGUUCUACAUGAAAGAGAAACCCCUGUUAGUGCAGCUGAUCUUAAAGCGAUCGUGACUUCCAUUAUCGAGGAGUACACAAGCAGGGCUAACUGGCAUUUGGUAACCAAUAUUGAAUCAGAGCAUGAGACUGGCCUCAGUAUAAACCAACCAACAUUUCAGGGUUUUACUAAAGGAUUCUACAGUGAUUGCCUUCACACAAGCCAAAGUCUAACUGUUCACACUAUGAACAGUAAUAUCUGGCAAAUCUGCAUCCAACUUGAAGGAAUUGGCUCUUUUGCUCAUGUGCUAAAUAAGGAAUUUCGUCAGCUUUUAAUGACUUCUCUUUACCCAGUGAUAGAAAAAGUUGGAGCUGAAACUUUGCUUAUUAAUCAAACAGCCACAAGGACAUUAGUAGAUCUUUGCGAAGCCUGUGGCUAUGAUUCACUUAAAGAGUUGAUAAAUCUGAAUUCCGACUAUCUAGUGAAUACUAUUUCCCUCAACCUGAGAAGAUUAACUCUAAAUCCUCACACACCUCGUGUUAUUAGUGUCAUGUUUAGCUAUUCUGAUGCCGGUCUGCUGCCUUUGGUUGAUGAUGUGAUUCAGGAUGUGCUGCUGUCUCUUGAUCAUUACCACAAUGAAAAGGCUCAACUGAUUUUCAAUGUCCUCCAUUCGCUAAUGACAGCUUUAGCUCACUGGUUUCCACCUAAGCAUCUUGUUCAGAAAGAAGAGAAAGCUCACAAUAAGGCCAAUAGGUCUGCUAUCACAGCGGAAGAGAUCCAUUGCUUUUUGAAGGAAUAUCAGAAGCAGAAGAAUUUGGCUGAAGGGAAAGUUGAAGAUAUUGAUUUGGACAAAACAGAAUGUGAAAUCCCUGAUCAACUGGAACCUGACAUUGGCUCUGACCACCCUGAUGUGAAAAAGGACCUACCUGCUCAUAUCCAGAUUGCUAAAGAUGUGAUGGAGAGGUGCAUUCACCUUCUGUCAGACAAAAGCAUUAAAUUACGGCUAAAGGUAUUGGAUGUUUUGGAACUGUGUGCGGUUGUUCUCCAGAAUAAUGUAAAUGAACUACUCCCAAUGGUACACCGGGUGUGGAGUCCUUUUGUGCAGAGAUUGACCAAUGAUGAUCCCCUCGUUGUUCUCAGGGCAUUCCAGGUGCUAUGCAGGCUGGCAGACACCUGUGGUGAUUUCCUGAGAAGCAGAGUUUCGAAAAACAUUUUGCCAAAGGUGACCGAAUCUUUAGUCAGCCAAGCCCCUGUCAGUGCAAAGGCUGGGCCUAUUUAUAGCCACACACUCUCCUACAAACUACAGUUAGCUGAGCUUCAAGGCCUUGGAAAACUCUGUGAGAAACUAGAUCUUGGUGAAACCGAUCUGGAUAUGGUCGCUAGCACUUGCCUGCCAUACCUGAGCAGCAGGCAGCCAUGGAAACUCCAGGAUGCAGCUUGCAGUGUUUUUUACUGCCUAAAUGAAGUUGAUCCUGAUGCCACAUGGCUCAUUUUAAAUGAAGUUUAUUGUCCAAACACCUACAGUCCACCACAUUCCAGCCUCCCAACAAUACAACUAACUGGAAUGGGAAAACAAAGAAAUGAGUUUACUGAUAAUGUUCUUCAACUUCUGCAAGGAUUUGAAUGACUCAGAAAUUUGUGGUAGUUGGCAGUGCCAAAACCACACCCAAAGCUCCCCAUAUUCAGACUGCUAACAUCAGCCUUGGUGCAAGGAGUGUCAUAAACUGAGAAAAGGAAUAUGGCUGAAGGAAUACAAAGUUUUUGGUGUACUUCACACCAGUUUUUCUGGCUUGUUGCGAAGCAGCACCCUCAAAGGUUUGGACACAAUUACCUUUUCAACCAACAGAAAAGCCAAGAAAAUAUAGGUGACAAAAGUAUUUUGAGAGGAUUUCUGAAGCAUUCGAACAAUUACUGAAGAAAGCUAGUGUGGAUUGAAUCAAAAUAAAUUGCUAGAAAAACUCAGCAGGUCUGGCAGUAUCUGUGGAGAGGAAGCAGAGUUAACAUUUUGGAUCCAGUGACUCUUCAAACUGAUUAUUUUCUGUUUUUUUUUCCUGAUUUCCAGCAUCUGCAAUUCUUUGGUCUUUUUUGUCCAGUACAGUUUCGUUUCAAAAUCUUGUAGCUGGAUCUAUAAUGUGUUAUGAUUCCUUUCCUGGCUAUCUUCCAGCUUUCCUCCUGUGUAACUGACUGGCUACAGGGAGAACAGGGCAACCACAUGACACCAUGUUAUUUAACCAGCAGGUUGGGGUGAAAUACUCAGCUGGACUAACUAGGUUUUUUUGGGUUACUUUGCAUUCAAAAUUGAUUAAUCUUUUGCUCAUCAAGUUUGAAUGGAUAGAAUUCCUCAAAUUCUGCAACAAUUAUAGGGUGCAUUAUUUCUUAACAAUAUUGUCUAAGGACUACGAAAUAUAAUUGGAUAACUCGUACUACUGGUGUUCACGUGAUCAAUAUUAUUACACUCAAGAGAGCUUAGCAAUAAACUCACAAGUGUUUUCAACCAAAUGAAAAUCUAACUGUCUGUGAUCAACUUGCUUCUAGAAUAUCCGUUUUAGAAAUUCUGAGGGGGAAGCAAUUUGCUCCCUGACAAAUAUAGCUGAUCAAUCUUUAUGAUCAAUCUUUUCAUGGACACAGCAGUACUGGUCACUCCGGAGAGAAGUGAGACCCUCUUCUGUUCAGGUUUGUAUGUAUGUUUCCUGAUGGCAAAUCACACAAAGGUGUAUGCCAGGAGAAUGCUGCAGCUCCUCCUUCUGAUAGGAAUAGGGUAUCUUCAGCAUAUGCACUUUGUUUUUGAAAGACUGGCGAGACAAGAUCAGAUAUAAGUCCUUAAACUGCUCUAUUGCAUAGGCAGAAAAUUAGAUUAAAGGUCAUUGUGACCUAUGCUCACUUUGCUGAGUUGUGCUGCAUUCCUUGCCUAGAGAAAUGAAUUCUUGACAGAAGCCAGAGCAGGAACUUGACAACUUCAGUUCUCCACUUGCUCUUUGGGGCCUGUAACUUGAACAUCUGACACCAGCAUCUCAGGGCAUGCUCCAGGGCAGUGAAUGCAUACCAGCCACAUCCAGAGACCUAUGGCAUGCAACACAUGCCAACCAUUCCACACCGUGAUGACAAAUCCAUUUUGAGAAUGGUUCUGCACUUCAGUACUGCACUUUGGAAUGCACCAGCAUCAAGCUUAAGAGAAUUCCGAGCUAGGACUCCUAAGUACCUUUGUUUUCAGAUUUCUGAAGCCUUACCCCAUUUAAAAAAUAGCUAGUGCCUCUAUUCUUCAUACCAAAGUGCAUAACCCCACCCUUUCCCACAUUGAAUUCGAUCUGGAAUUCUUUGCCCACUCUCUUAGCCCGUACAUGUCCUUCUGCAGUCUCCAUGCUUCCUUGAUGUUACCUGUCCCUUCUGUUAUCUUUGUGUCAUCAGCAAACUUAGCAACAACAUUCUCAGGCCCUAUGUCCAGAUCAUUUAUAUAACAUGAAUAGUUGUGUUUCCAGUCCUGACUUCUGCAGUACUCCACUAGUCACGAGCUGCUAUUCCUGAAAAAGACCCCAAUAUCCCCACUCUCUGCCUUCUGCCCGUUAGUCAAUCCUCUAUCCUUGCCACUACCAUGCCCCUAACAUAAUGGGCUCUUAUUUAGCAGCCUCUUCUGUGGUACUUUGUCAAAAGUCUACUAGAAAUACAAAUGGAUCACAUUCACUGGCUCUCGUCUAAUUUGCUCAUUACCUCCUCAAAGAAUUCUGUCAGAUUUGUCAGGCAUGACCUCCCUUUAAUGAAGCCAUGCUGACUUAGCCCUAUUUUGCCAUUCACUUCCAAGUACUCUGCAACUUAAUCCCGAAUAGUGGAAUCUCACAACUUACCAACAGUUCUAAGUUUACAAAGGGACCUUGAUCAAAUGUGUCAAUAGGCUAAAAAAUGGCAGAUAUAUUUCAAUCUAGAUGAAUGUGAGGUAUUGCAUCUUGGUACAACAAACAAGGGUAGGACUGUGACAAUUAAUGAUAGGGCCUUUGUUAGAUUUUCUUUUUCUAUUCAUUUGUGGGAUGUGGGCACUGUGGGCUGGCCAGCAUUUCUUGCCCACCCCUAGUUUCCCUUGAGAAGGUGGUGGUGAGCUGCGUUCUUGAACUGCUGCAGUCCUCCUGCUGUAGGUUGACCCACGAUGCUAUUAGGGAGAGAAUUCCAGGAAUUUGACCCAGCGACAGUGAAAGAAUGGCAAAAUAUUUCCAAGUCAGGAUGGUGAGUGUCGUAGAACAGAAGGACUUAGGGGUUCAGGUACAGAAUUAUUUGAAGUUUGCACCACAUGCAGACAGAGUAGUUAAAAAGAUGUUUAGCACGCUUGCAUUCAUAGCUCAGUCCUUUGAGUACAGGAGAUGGGAAGUUAUGUUGAGCUUAGAUUCAUCUGGAGUACUGUGUCCAGCUCUGGUCACGCAGUUAUAGGAAGGAUAUUAUUGAACUGGAGAGGAUUCAGAAGAUAUUUACCAGGACGUUGUCGGGUCUGGAAGGUUUGAGUUAUAAAGACAGGUUGGAUAGGCUGAGACUUCUUUCACUGGAGCAUAGGAAGUUGAGAGGUGACCUCAUUGAGGUUUAUAAAAUCGUGAGGGAUGUAGGCAGGGUUAGUGGGAGGUGUUUUUAAUUCCCUAGGAUGGGUGAUUUCAAGACGAGGGGCACAUUUUUUAGAUGAGACAAGACAGAUUUAAAUAAGACAUGAGGUCCAAUUGUUUUUACGCAGGGUGGUUCACUUGUGAAAUGAACUUCCUAAGGAAGUGGGAAAGUGGGCACUGUUGCGACGUUUAAAAGACAUUUGGAUAAGUACUCAAAUAGAUAAGGUUUGGAGGGAUAUGGCCAGGAGUAGACAGAUGGAACUAGUUUAAUUUGGGAUAAUGUUUGGCAUAGACUGUUUGGACCUAAGAGUCUGUUUCCAUGCUGUAUGACCCUAUGACUGAGGUCAGACUAACUGGCCUAUAAUUUCAUGUCUUCUGCCUCCCUCCCUUUUUAGACAGUGGUGUUAUAUUAGCCAUUUCCUGUGCUCUGAUACCCUCACUGACUCUAGUGAUUCCUGAAAGAUCACAACCAAUGCCUCCACAACCUCCUCAGCUCUCUACUUCAAAACUCUGGGGUGUAACCCAUCUGGUCCAAGUAAUUUAUCCACCUUCGGACCUUUCAACUUCCCCAGCACCUUCUCCUUAAUGAUGGCCACAGCAUACAUCUCUGUCCUUUGACUCUCUUGGAAUUCUUAUAUACUACUGUUGUCUUCUACUGUGAUGACUGAUAUAAACAAAAUGCAAGCAUUAAAGUAUCAGUUAGAAGACAGCUACAUUGGGUACAAGGGGGAAUUGAACCCAUGACCUUGGCCUGAAUAAUACCAUACACUAAAACCAUUGAAGCUACCUGCCACCUAGUCUUAGGACUUGGUAGAGUCGAGAAGCUGCUUGGAAUGGGCAGAUCCAGAACCCCCUCCACAUAGGGCGUCAUGAGCUCAAUGUAGAGGUCACCUGUUGUGGAUCUUUCUGCCCUAUUAUAGGCAUUUUGUUUUUAACUGAGGGUUUGAGUGAACUGAAAGUGAUUGGCACAGCUAAUGUUGCUGGUAGUGGCAUCAUCCACCCAAUAUACCAAUUUGUUCUUAACUGCCAAGCGCGAGUUAGAUCUCACAGACUGUGCAGGGUGGCUUUGUACUGACAGAGCUUGGCCACGUACCAAACAGCUUUUUAAAGAUGGCACCAGCAUCAGGGAUUCCACCUUAUUCUAGGAUAUCCCAGCAGUGGCAAAUUCUUCACUACAAAUUGUGGUAGAAUCAAGCUAGCGUUGGAUGAGAGAAGCGUCAUGGGGUAGUUUGAUGGCUAAUGAGACAAGUUUGGGAUGAUAGGGUAAGAAACCUUUGCUAGACCUCAUGGAAAGAAAUCCUGUACGAAACUCAACAAAAAUGACACUGCCUAAACAUGUUAAGAUUCAGCCAAUAUUCUUGUGAUUUGAUUUAAACAGUCAAACUGGGAAAAUUGUGUAUUUGAGCUGACGUGCAAUGAACUGUCUUCUACCAAUCAAGACACUUACAAAAAGUACUCGGAUUUUUUAAAAAAAAUGCAUGGUCAUGUUCAUUUAAUGUUUGUAUUUCCUGGAAGAAAAGUGUUUUUAAUGACCUUAACCAAUUUGGCCCUGAUAGAUUACUUGUGAUCUCUAGUUCCUUAUUCAGUCUUUCAAGCUGCAACAUUUUCCAGUUCUAACACUCAGUGCUGUCUCAAGCUGACUUUUAUUCUUGAGUUUGUAGUUAAAACUGGGUGAGAAGACAUUAAGUGAGCAAUAGCUGAGGUCAUAGGUCAUAGAAUCUUUACAGUGUGGAAACAGGCUCUUCGGCCCAACAAGUCCCACCAACCCUCAGAGCAUCCCACCCAGACCCAUCCCCCUAAGCUAUCUAAUGAGGAAUAGUCUUAUAUUUGAUUUUUCAGCAUGGCUGUUGGAUAUAGGAUGCGUAUAAACACAGUUUGUGAGAAAGAAAAACUGACCUUGCCCAUCAUUUCAUUUUCUUCUUUUCCUAUCCUUCAGAAUCUUGGACCCAAAUUUUCAUUCUGCUGCAGAGCCUCUCUUUUGCAGUGAAAAUGAUGGAAGAUGUCAAAAAGUCCUGGCUGUGCCCCUGAGUCCAGCAUUUCACAUUUUUGCAGACUGAAUAUCGGACUGCCCCAAUCACACUCUUUCAUAUUUUGCAGCAGAAGUUAGCAAUUUAAAUGAUCAGCUGUCAUCAAUCAAAUCUGACUUUGGAGGCCCUAGUGUGGAGAUUAAAUCAGAUAAAAACACAUUUGUGCACGGUGUAUUGCUUUUGCAUAGGCUUCGUACCACUUUGAAGAACUGAGGUAACUAGAUGGAUAUGCUCCCAGAACACAUUCGGGCUCAAGUUCAGGCUCUUCUUUAGGAAGGGCUUCAGGGUUUCUUUAGGGAAAUGGGAGUUUCAGGUACCAUUUAGGAUUAUUACCUGUGGAGAAGAUUGUGUGUAAAAGGUGCAUAAACCCCUUGAAUCUGUGCAAUUUGCUGGUUAGUGUUAAGAUUUGUUAAGGAACAUCAGCAAAUAUAAAUGAGUAAGAAUGUUUUUCUCAAUAGAGUGUGAUCCGUAAUGUAGAACUCUUUAUAAUGUAGCUUUUUUUUUCCCCUUUAUGUUUGGCUCUUUGUGGAUAUGAGAUGAAUAAACAUGGUAGGUCAAGGGAAAAAGACUGGUGGGUAGAAGUAGGCACUCAGUUGACAUUCAGGGUAUGAGGGCUCAUUGUGGGGUGUGGGGGAAGGGUGCACAAGGUGACAGUGCCUAUAAGGGCCCAUGAGGAAUGGGUAGAGUGUCUUAAUUGGCUUGCAUUACCAUGGUCAGGCUAUUGGGGUGAGGGGAAUGAUAAGGGAUUGGAAGGUGCAGCAGCUAUUUUUAUAGUUUGGGUUUGUGGUUCUGAGAUAUUAUCUGCCUCUGCGCACACACCCUGCAAAUCAAAAUCAGAGGCCUCACUUUGCCAGCUGGGAAUCCAGACACAUGAGCAAUUGUAGCAAAUUUCAUACAGUGAUAAUCCCUCCUGAUAUGUGGCUGGGACAAAGGCACAAAGAUUACGGAGGUUUGCGAUUUACAAUCUAACCUAUCAACUUACUUGAAUUGAUAUUUUUGAUACAGUGAACUUCUCAAUUCAUAGUCCAAAUUCAGAGGUUCAUUUUUGACUGUGCAUUUGAAUAACUUUGUUUUACCACACGCAGUUCCAAGUGCCAUACUAUGAAAAGGAAAGUUGAAGCAUGAAAGGGUGCAGAAAAGAUGUACAAGGAUGACAGCAGAGUUAAUGUGUCCACGUGUGUCUUUUGAAAGUGAAGGCUGAGGGGUAUGCUAAUAAAGGUCUUUUUUUAUUAUAGGAAUAUUUGAUUGAUAGUGUUGAUAAGAGAGCAGCUUUUCCCUUCUGGAGAACAACAUAAGCUAGAAGCCAUCCAUAUAAGAUAUAGUUACCAAAAAAUCAAUAGGAAAUUCAGAAUAAAGGCGGCACGGUGGCGCAGUGGUUAGCACUGCAGCCUCACAGCGCCAGGGAACUGGGUUCAACUCCAGCCUCGGGUAACUAUCUGUGCGGAGUUUGCACAUUCUCCCCAUGUCCGUGUGGGUUUCCUCCCACGGUCCAAAGAUGUGCAGGCUAGGUGGAUUGGCCAUGCUAAAUUGCCCGUAGUCGUUAGGGGGAUGGAUCUGGGUGGGAUGUUCCAAGGGGCUGUGUAGACUUGUUGGGCCGAAGGGCCUGUUUCCACACUGUAGGGAAUCUAAGCUAAUCUAAAAUAAACUUUACUGCACGGAGAGUAGUGAGAAUAUGGACUCACUUCCACAUUGGGAGUUGAAUAAAUAGCAUGAAUGUAUUUAAGGGAAAGCCAGAUGUGAUUAGGAAGGUAAAGAUAAUAGAGAUUUAUGAUAGCUUUUGGUGAAGAAAAAUGGAAGGAGAUUCGCACUGAGCAUAAAUGCCUGCUUCUAUGGUGUGUGUGUGUGUGUGUGUGUGUGUGUGUGUGUGUGUGUGUGUGUGUGUCAGUCACAAUGUUGCUGUUACAUCAGGGUUCCAGCAUUCAGUGUUUUUGGCUACUCAAAAAUGAAAUGUUGUAUUAAGAAUUGAUUUUAUAAUCCAAAUUCCGAGGUUUACUAUAAAAUCACUUUAAAACAAAAAGAAAAUGAAUGCCUUAAGAAGUUGUCAGAUUGUUUCUAAUAAGAAUGUUCUUGAUAGUGCUGCAAAUGACGGUCAAGAAAAUAAAUAAUUAGGUAAUAAUAACUAGUAUCAAAAGAUUUAAACCUAUCAAAUAUCUUACCAUGUUAAUGGUAUAUAAAUGCAAGUUAUUGGUGUUGGGGAAUGAUUUCAAAACCUGCUUUGACCAUAUCAUCCCACCACCCCUCCUCCAGCUUAGAAAUCAAGCUGGAGCCUUUUUGAAAACAUUUUACGCAGCAGUUGUCAGAUGCUUAAGAUUUAAGUCCCUUUGUGCUGAAAUAUUACUAUUCUAUUUCCACUUGAGUAUUUAACGUUUUUGGUUAGUGAAACAAGUGUAAACCCUCAUAUGAUUUCCAUGGAGGUUGUAAACUUAAGUGAACUUGAACCCUUUAGCUUCAAAUUAAGAAAUGAUGAGAUGUUGUCCAGCUCUUGGCUGUAAAUUAAUGUUCUCUGCUGGGGAAGAUUUGCUGGAUCCACAUUAUUUAGAUUAAUGGAGGGACAUUGCAGCAUGCACUGCCAUCAGAGAUAAAUGUGUGACAUUAGAAAGUCACAGUCAUUCAGAAUAAUGACUGUAAUAAACUCAUUACUGCACAAAUCCGGGCAUUAUCCUCUGAGGUAUAUUACAGUAUCUUCAUACAAUGUCAGUAAAACAAAAGUUGUGCGAUUAUCCAGUGAUAUUAUAAUGACUAAAGUAGGCAUUAAUGCCGGUUUGCAGCUGUUUUAAUGUGAUUACAUUCUUAUGAGUUGAUAAGUAAUCCAGAAUCUUAGAUAUGCAGAAUGCACUUGCAAAUAAUCAUUAUCCAGCUUGCCAAUAUUAAUUGGACUUUUACAUGGAUUAAAAAAUCCAAAGCUAUAUUUGAAAAAGAAAAAUGAAGACCUGGAUGAGGGGAAUUGAGAGCAUGUGGAUCUCCUUUUUCCUCUAAGUUAUUUAUUUAAUUGCAGAUGCUUUCUGACUGCUUACUUGAGUAGUUUGGUUACAGUAAUAUUACUAGUCCUUUUAUACACUGCAGCUCAAUUAAAAUAAAUCACAUUGAAUUACAAUGAACACAUUCUUUAAAUGUUCAAAUGAGCCCAUACUCCCAUGUAGUAUCAUUCAUUUAAAUUGGAUACUUAUCCAGGGUUGACAUAUUUAAAAAAGCUAAAUGACUUACUGACACUGUAAUUAUGAAGGCACAAAUGCAGCAGACUCCUUACUGCUUAAUUUGAUUACAUUUUACUAAUAUUUUCCAUAUUAUUUGUGGCUUCAGCAUAGUUUCAGUUAAUAUCUUCCAUCUAAACAAGUUUCUGCGCUUGUUUGGUAUGAUGACUAAAUGGAGCAUUUUGCGGUUUUUGGAAUGCUGUUCCCUCAUCGAAAGGGUACUAAGCAAACGUUACUUAGUAAUACUUAUGACAUCUCCCAUCACUUUACCAAUGAGACUAAAUUGAUGGGUGGCAGUUGGCUGGGAUGAAUUUGUCUUACUUUUUGUGUAGAAGACAUACGUGGGCAAUUUUUUCACAUUUCACAUUGUUGAGGCAAUGCUGGAACUGUACUGGAAUAACUUGGUUUGGGGGUGUGGCCUGUUCUGAAGCACGUCUUCCGUAUUAUUGCUGGAAUGUUGCCAAGGCUGGUAGCUUUUGCUGUACCAGUGCUUCUGUUGUUUCUUGGCAGCAUGUUUGAAUUGAAUUGGUUGAAGACUGGCAUCUGUGAUGCUGGGGACUUCUGGCCAUGAAUGAGAUGGAUCAUCCACUCUGCAUUUCUGGCUGAAGAUUAGUGCAAAUGCUUCUGCCUAAUCUUUUGCACUGAUGUGCUGAGCUGUCUGAGGACUAAGGUAUUUGUCGAGUCUUCCCCACCCAUGAGUUGUUUAGUUGUCCACCUUCUAGAUCAUUACAACUUGCUAUGUGGAAAAAGCUGCUCAACAUGUUCCUCAUCCACGCUACACAUGCACAUGUGUGUGUAUAUCUUUAUAAGCAAUAUGUGCCUGUACAUACAUAUAAGUGGGCAUAUUUGUAUGGUGCUAAAAUUAUCAGCUUGCUUAAAUUUCAGCAAAUGUUUCAACUAUGUUAAAGCAACAUAUGGAACUCUGCUACAAAAGAUGGGUGAGACAAGUAGCUUAUAUCCUUUUGCAAGUAAACUGGAUGAAUACGUGAGAGAAAAAGGACAUCAAUGGCAGCAAUUUGAAAGAGGGCUGUGAAUGGAUAAAGAGGUAGAACCCCAGGUAAGCAAACAAAAAGCCUGGUUUGACUUGGCAUUGACAUAUACUGCGACUAGAGUACUGCAUGCAUCUAUCUUCUCCCUAACAUUGCACCCCCUCUCCUGGAUCAGUGCUUCUUUUGGCGCAAGCCCUGCGACUCUAUAGGCUAGGAGAUUUAAGUCACUGCAUUGGAGCCAUUGCAGAUCAGAAAGGAUUUUUUGGGAAUAAAGGACCAGCAAAAUUAGCAAAAUUUUUUGACCUGUGCUUUCCAGAAGCAGAGAAAAAACGAGAUAUCAAAGAUGGCUCUGACGAUAGAUUAUGACUACUGGAGAUCGGAGCUUCCAAGAACCAUGCAUUUCCUUUACCGUUCUCUUCAACACACUAUUGAUACCUUGUCCAGGAAAUGAUUUGGACUACACAACUGCAUCACCAAUUUUGACAUACCUAUUGGAGGCACAAAUUCUGAGGAGGGAGCAUGAACGUAGAACAGUGCAGGCCCUUCGGCCAACCUAUUAUCCUACUGAGAUCAAUCUACCCUGCAUUUCCUACAUUUUACUAUCCUCCAUGUGCCUAUCCAAGAGUCGCUUAAAAGUCUCUAAAGUAUGUGACUCCACUACCAUUGCUGGCAGUGCAUUCCACACACCCACCACUCUCUGUGUGAAGAAUCUAUCUCUGACAUCUCUGACUUCCUCCAACCACCUUAAACUUAUCCCCUCUCGUAAUAGUCAUUUCUGCCCUGGGUCACUGACUAUCCACUCUAUCUAUGCCUCUCGUCAUCUUGUACAUCUCUAACAAGCCACCUUUCAUCCAUCUUUGCUCCAACGAAAAAAGCUCUCGCUCCCUCAACAUUUCUAAUUAAGACCUGUCCUCCAGUCCAGACAGAAUCGUGGUAAAUCUCCUCUGCAUCCUCUCUAAAGCUUCCACAACCUUCCCAUAAUGAGGUGACCACAACUGAACACAAUAUUCCAUAUGUGGUCUAACUAGAGUUUUAUAGAGGUGCAGCAUAACCUCCUGGCUCUUAAACUCAAUUCCCUGAUGAAAACCAACACACCAUACGCCAUCUUUACACCUCUAUAAACUUAGGUGGCAACUUUAACGGAUCUAUGGACGUGGACCCCAAGAUCCCUCUGUUCUUCCACACUACCAUUAACCCUGUAUUCUGCAUUCAAAUUCAACCUUCCAAAAUGAAUCACUUCACAGUUAUCUGGGUUGAAUUCCAUCUGCCACUUCUUUCGCCAGCUCUGCAUCCUGCCAAUGUCCCAUUGCAAACUACGCAGCCGUCCAUUGUACCCAUAACUCCACCAACCUUCGUAUCAUCGGCAAACUACUAACCCACCCUUCUAUUUCUUCAUCUAAGUCAUUUAUAAAGAUCACAAAGAGCAGAGGCCCCAGAACAGAUGUCUGCGGAACACCACUGGUCACCGAGCUCCCGGCUGAAUACUUUACUUCUACUUGCACGAGGGGGCAUAGCUUUAAAUUGAGGGGUGAAAGAUAUAGGACAGAUGUCAGAGGUAGUUUCUUUACUCAGAGAGUAGUAAGGGAAUGGAACGCUUUGCCUGCAACGGUAGUAGAUUUGCCAACUUUAAGUUGUCAUUGGACAAGCAAAUGGAAGCACAUGGAAUAGUGUAGGUUAGAUGGGCUUCAGAUUGGUAUGGCAGGUCAGCAGAACAUCGAAGGCCGAAGGGCCUGUACUGUGCUGUAACGUUCUAUGUUCUAUAUGUUCCACCCUUUGUCUUCUAUUGGACAGACAGUUUUGUAUCCAGGCAGCCAAAUUUCCCUGAAUCCCAUGUCUGCUUACAUUCUGAAUGAGCCUACCAUGUGGAAUCUUGUCAAAUAUCUUGCUAAAAUCCAUGUACACCACAUCCACUGCUGUACCUUCAUCAGUGUGAAGAUUUAAGGCUUGUUUUUCUACCUAUGUUUACUCUCUCUUUUGGAAGUGAAGUCAGUACUGCACUGUGGUGACAUUUGCUCUUAUAUUGCAAUUCUUUUUGUUGUUUAUGUAAUUGUAUCCACAAUGAAUUCUAUUGAAGACGAUAAAACUACAUUGAUUAUUGAAAGGUGCUGAAAUGUUGAGGUGAUGUAUAUAAAUGGAGACGAGACUUGUGAAGUAUCAACGCUAGCAGACUAGUUGGGUUCUGUGGUCUGUUUUGGUGCUGUACAGUUUAUGUAAACUCAUUAAUGCUUUUGCUAAUUACAUUAAAACUGCCCUAUUGUUUCUGAUACUCCUGCUAAUGGAAACAGUUUCUCCUAAUUUAGUCAAUCAAUAUCCUUUGUAAUGUUGAAUAUUACUAUUAAAUUUAAAUCCUGUUUUUCUGGUU